GAUUUGCAGCGCUCACCGAGCCUUUGUUGAGAAGGGUCUCCGCUCACAGUGAGUCACGCUUUCGCUGUGAGAGCCCGAGCAGCAGCUGGGCGCUCAGCAGAGGAAACUAUGACUUUUGCAAAGCGAGCGCGCCGCCCUCGGCAGCCGGGUCCGGGGUCCGGGCUGCGCGGCCGCGGCGGCUCGGGGCGUUAGCGGUGGGAGGCCGGCGCCCCCGUCCGCACCCCGGACCCCGCCGCCGGCUGGGCCGCCGAGUCCGCUCUGGGGACCGCGGCACGCCUGCUAUGCGCGGCAUCCCGCGCCCGCGCCCGCACCUGCAGCGCCCGGGCGAAUGCGGCGAGCCCACGGAGGGGCAUGCUUCCACGCACCAAAUACAACCGCUUCAGGAAUGACUCGGUGACCUCGGUCGAUGACCUUCUGCACAACCUGUCGGUGAGCGGCGGCAGCAAGGUCUCGGCGGCGCGCGCGGCCCCCGCGGCGGCGGCCCCCUACCUGGUGUCCGGAGACGCGCUGCGCAGGGCGCCGGACGAUGGCUCCGGCAGCCUGGGUCACCUGCUCCACAAGGUGUCCCACCUGAAACUCGCCAGCUCGGGCCUCCGCGGCCUGUCGGCGGCCAGGGAGCGGGCGGGCGCCCGGCUCUCGGGCAGCUGCAGCGCGCCCAGCCUGGCCGCCCCGGACGGCAGCGCGCCCCCCGGCCCCCGCGCCCCGGCCAUGCGCGCCGCCCGGAAGGGUCGGCCCGGGGACGAGCCGCCGCCCCGCGCGCCCCCCGCCAGCGACCAGGUGCUGGGGGCCGGAGUCACCUACGUCGUCAAGUACUUGGGGUGCAUUGAAGUUCUACGCUCAAUGAGGUCUCUUGACUUCAGUACAAGAACACAAAUUACCAGGGAAGCCAUCAGCCGCGUGUGUGAAGCCGUCCCGGGCGCCAAGGGGGCCUUCAGGAAGAGAAAGCCUCCAAGCAAAAUGCUGUCCAGCAUCUUGGGCAAGAGCAACCUCCAGUUCGCGGGGAUGAGCAUCUCCCUCACCAUAUCCACCGCCAGCCUGAACCUGCGGACGUCCGACUCAAAACAGAUUAUAGCGAAUCACCACAUGCAGUCCAUCUCCUUCGCCUCUGGGGGUGACCCGGACACAACGGACUACGUUGCGUACGUAGCGAAGGACCCUGUUAACCGCAGAGCUUGCCACAUCCUGGAGUGCUGCGACGGGCUGGCCCAGGACGUCAUCGGCGCCAUCGGACAAGCCUUUGAGCUCCGGUUCAAGCAGUAUUUGCGCUGUCCUUCCAAGGUCCCUGCCCUCCACGACCGAAUGCAGAGUCUGGAUGAGCCCUGGACCGAGGAGGAGGGCGAUGGCUCCGACCACCCGUACUACAACAGCAUCCCAAACAAGGCGCCUCCCGCCGGGGGGUUUGUGGAUGCCCGCCUGAAGGCCAGGCCCCAUGGCCCUGACUCAGCCCCGUUUUCAGGAAAAGAGCAAACUUAUUACCAGGGAAGACAUGUAGGAGAGCCGUUUGGCGAAGACUGGCAGCCGACACCUGCCAGGCAAGGGUCCCUGGACACGGCCAGCAUGCCGGGAGGGACGGCGCCGGCGGCCCCGACGGGAGACGCCCCCACCUACGUGAACGCCCCGCACUUCGCUCCGCAGGCCGGGCCGGCUGCGGGCAGCAGCGCCGAGAGCAGCCCGAGGAAGGACCUCUUCGACAUGAAACCUUUUGAAGAUGCUCUCAAGAACCAGUCCCUGGGGCCCGUGCUGAGCAAGGCGGCCUCCGUGGAGUGCAUCAGCCCCGUCUCCCCCAGAGCCCCGGAGGCCAGGAUGCUGGAGGAGCUGAAAGCCGAGCUGUGGUACCAAGGCCAGAUGAGCAGGAAGGAGGCGGAGGGGCUGCUGAAGCGAGACGGGGACUUCCUGGUCAGGAAGAGCACCACCAGCCCGGGCUCCUUCGUCCUCACUGGCAUGCACGACGGCCAGGCCAAGCACCUGCUGCUCGUGGACCCGGAAGGCACGAUCCGGACGAGGGACAGGAUCUUUGACAGCAUCAGCCACCUCAUCAACCACCACCUGGCAAACAGGCUGCCCAUCGUCUCCGCCGGAAGCGAGCUCUGCCUGCAGCAGCCGGUGGAGAGGAACCCGUGACCUGCCGGCUGCCUUUCCUGACACUGCGCCGUGUCAGGGGGAUUGGUUCUUCCCGGCAGACGGGUGCCCGGCACAGGGACUCAGGCAGCUGCCUUUCCUGACACUGCACCGUGGUCAGGGGGAUCGGUUCUUCCCAGCAGACGGGUGCCCGGCACAGGGACUCAGGCAGCUGCCUUGGUCCAGAGCCCCAGGAGGAAAGCGUUUGUAAAGUGCAGGUUUUGUAAACUUGUCUGCUUUCUCACGUGCAUAGUAAAGGUGUACAUACCUAUACAUCCUGUACAAAUGAUCCCUCUAAAUUUCUAUUUUUUAAGAUUAAGAAAGAGGUAAGGCUAAUGUUCUGUGCUGUAUGUUUUUAAUGAAAAAAUGUUUGACUGUAGUUGUCUGGGCAAAAUUUAAUUCAACUGACCCAUUCCCCUGGGCAAGUCCACCAGGAAAGUGCUACCGGAAGUCUACCCAGGAAGCACAACCUGGGGA